GCGCCAGCAGAAGCAAUCGCGGGGAAGAGAAGGGAGAGAUCCACGCUGUGUUUUCCGCUCAGGACCGAAUUUUCUCCCUUCGUCUGUCUGGCUUCUACUACUAACCACCAAUUCCUUCCUUCUUCCUCAUUUCUUCAUCUCCUCAUUCAGUUUUGCUUCCGAGGUUCAUCCAUGGCGCCGUGCCGCAAUCUUAUCGCCUAAUAAUUGGAUCUACUUCAUUUCUUUCCUCGCAUCGCCAUCCUUCUGCCGCUGGUUGAUUCGAUCUGAUCUCUGAGCUGGCAGUGGUAGAAACAAAAAUGUCUUCGGUGAAGACCGCUCGGUCCAGGUCGGCUCCGGUGAAGGAGAAUGGAGCCGUCAAGACGGAGGAAGGACUCACCGCCUUCAAGUCCGAUAAGUUCGAUGCGGAUGCUUAUGUCCAGUCCAAAUGCUCUCUCAACGAGAAGGAAAUAAGGCAAUUGUGCUCGUAUCUUUUGGAUUUGAAGAAAGCUUCGGCUGAAGAAAUGCGGAAAAGUGUGUAUGCAAAUUAUACCUCUUUUAUACGUACAUCGAAAGAGAUAUCAGAUUUGGAGGUAGAGCUUUCAUCUAUCAGAAGCCUGCUUUCCACUCAGGCUACUUUGAUUCAUAGUUUAGCAGAGGGUGUUCAUAUUGAUCAACUGUCUGAAAAGAGUUCAGAAGAAUCCUCCGUAAAUAGUUUACUAAACAGUGAAGACAGAGAACCUUCUGACUUGGAGAAAUGGUCCAUUGAAUUCCCUGAUCUCCUUGAUGUCUUAUUAGCUGAGAGGAGAGUGGAUGAAGCUCUUGUGGCAUUUGAAGACGGCGAGCAUAUAGUUUCCGAAACAAAAGAGGCUAAAACAUUGAGUCCUGGAGUUCUCAGGUCUUUGGAGACUGCAAUCAUGAAACGGAAGCAAAAGUUAGCUGAUCAGCUUGCUGAAGCAGCAUGCCAACCUUCAACCCGAGGCACUGAACUCCGUGCAGCCGUAGGAGCUCUUAAAAGCCUUGGAGAUGGCCCUCGCGCUCACAGUUUGUUACUCAGUGCACAUUUUCAGAGGUAUCAAUAUAACAUGCAAAGCCUCCGGCCUUCAAGCACUUCUUAUGGAGGAGCAUAUACUGCUGCACUCUCCCAGAUAGUUUUCUCGGCUAUUGCUCAAGCUGCUACUGAUUCUUUGACCAUUUUCGGGAAAGAGCCAGCAUACACUUCUGAGCUUGUGAUGUGGGCUAGUAAGCAAACAUAGUCUUUUGCUGUCCUUAUUAAGAGACAUGCUUUAGCAUCAUCGGCAGCUGCAGGUGGUUUACGAGCUGCUGCAGAGUGUGUACAGAUAGCUUUGGGCCAUUGCUCUUUAUUAGAAGCGCGUGGUCUGGCAAUUUGUCCUGUGCUUUUGAAACUCUUUAGGCCUAGUGUUGAACAAGCAGUGGAUGCUAAUCUGAAACGAAUUGAAGAGAGCACUGCUGCUAUGGCGGCUGCUGAUGAUUGGGUACUUACUCAGUCUCCAACAGGCACUCGGCAGUCGGGAAGGUCUUUCGUUACAUCUCUUGGUAAUGCAGUCGCUUCCCAACAUAAACUGACCAGCAGUGCCCAUCGGUUCAACUUGAUGGUCCAGGACUUCUUUGAGGAUGUUGCUCCCCUUCUUAGUAUGUUGGGAGGUCAAACACUGGAUUGUGUUUUCCAAGUAUUCAACUCAUAUAUUAACAUGCUUAUAAAGGCAUUGCCAGGUUCUAUGGAAGAAGAAGCAAAUUUUGAAGGUUCUGUUAAUAAAAUUGUCAGAUUGGCCGAGACUGAAGACCAGCAGAUGGCAUUGCUAGCAAAUGCAUCAUUGUUGGCAGAUGAACUGCUGCCACGUUCCGCAAUGAAACUUUAUCCUCUGAGUCAUCCUAGUUAUAAGGAGGACAGAAGAAGGAGACCAGCUGAUAAACCAAAUCGCCACCCUGAGCAAAGAGAAUGGAGGAAGCGCCUUGUGGCUGCUGUUGAUAGGUUGAAAGAUACUUUUUGCCGGCAACAUGCACUUGAUCUCAUUUUCACGGAAGAGGGUGAUAGUCAUCUUACUGCUGAUAUGUACAUCAACAUGGACAAUAACGUGGAGGAGUUAGAAUGGCUUCCUUCCCCAAUAUUCCAGGAACUUUUUGUAAAGCUGAACAGGAUGGCUAGUUUAGCAGCAGACAUGUUCGUGGGGAGGGAAAGAUUCGUGAGUUUACUGUUCAUGAGACUGACCGAGACGGUCAUAUUAUGGCUGUCAGAAGAUCAAAGCUUUUGGGAUGACAUUGAAGAAGGCCCGAGGCCGCUUGGUCCUAUGGGCUUACAGCAGUUCUAUCUCGAUAUGAAGUUCGUCUCGUGCUUCGCCGCCCAAGGACGCUACCUGUCACGAAACUUGAACCGGGUCCUCAACGAGAUCAUUAACAAAGCUGUGGCAGCAUUUUCCAGUACUGGGAUGGAUCCCGACAGGGUGCUACCGGAAGACGAAUGGUUCACCGAAGUAUGCCACGAAGCCAUGGAAAGAUUGAGCGGGAAACCGAAAGCCAUAGAUGGAGAUAGAGAGCUCAACAGUCCGACGGCCUCUGUUUCUGCACAAUCAAUCUCAUCUAUCAGGUCCCAUGGGAGUACCUAAUAAUUUCCCUUCAAAGUCUAACAAAAAACCCCCUCCUGUAAAUUUGAUAAUCGCGGGUAGAAUCGCAUAGCCUGGUUAGACCGAUUCUUUCUUUCUUUUUUCCAUUUGCUCUACUAGUGUGGUUUGUAAAUUUGGUUUUGGGUUGAUUUGUCUGAUAAAUCUGUUGUGCCAAUAUCUGAAUUUGUGGUCUUAACCAACCAUCGUUCAAACCUGUUGUGUUGUCGCUUGCAAGUUGCAACAGAACGCGAUCUACGCAAAUUGCUGGAUAGUGAUGCGAUCUGGCUUCCUGUGAUCUUCAUCUAACACACGUGGGAACUUCAAGUUCCA